GGAAACUACUCUAUUGAAUAAUUUCUAGUAAAUUCCAAAAACAAUUUUCAACAAAAUUUAGCUGAAAGCGACAACACAAUGGCUACCGAACUUUGCAAUCAAGCAAAUGAAGAAUAUGUCAAUGAAAACUACAACAAGGCUGUUGAGCUUUAUACUGAGGCAUUACAACUAGAUGAUAAAAGGGAUGACAUUUAUUGUCAUAGAGCUCAGUCAUACAUACAGCUGGAAAAGUUUUCAGAGGCUGCCAAAGACUGUGAUAAAGCAAUCGAACUUAAUGAAAACAACAACAAAGCAUAUUUUAAAAAAGGGUCUGCUCUUUAUAAGAUGAAUAAAUUUGGAGAAGCGCUGAAUGUUUUUAAAGAAGGGCAUAAAAGAUUUGAAUCAGACAAAAACUUUGAAGAAUGGAUAAAUAAAUGUCAGGAGAAAUUACCAAAAAGUGAUUCUCAAGAUGCAAAACCUAAAUCAAAUGAAAGCAUAGCCCAGCCUGUGGAGAACCAAGCUCCAGCUGGUCCCCCUAAGCUCAAGUAUGACUGGUAUCAAACAAGUACACAUGUAGUUGUGAAUAUUUUGAUGAAAAAUAUAAAACAAGAAAAUCUCACUGUUGAUUCUGCGGAUAGACAGCUUAAAAUAGAAAUCAAAGAUCCCAGGGUGUCAUUGGACCUUACUCUUGCUCAUAGAGUGGAUUCACAGCAAACAACAAUUAAAGUGCUUUCUACAAAGGUAGAGGUUAAGCUUAAAAAAGGUGAAGGGAUAUUAUGGUCCAAGCUAGAAGGAGAUGUGGAAGAAGAAAAAAUUUGUCCUGUGGCUGCAGCACCUAUUCCGGCAGAGCCACCACGAUAUCCUUCCUCCUCACACCAUGCUAAAGACUGGGAUAAAUUAGCCAAGCAGGUGACAGAAGAAGAAAAAGAUGAAAAGCUUGAAGGAGAUGCAGCGUUAAACCAGUUUUUCCAGAAAAUCUAUGCUGAUGCUUCUGAUGAAACCAAAAAAGCUAUGAUGAAAUCAUUUACUGAAUCAGGAGGGACAGUAUUAAGCACCAACUGGUCUGAAGUGGGUACAAAAAAAGUUGAAGUAAAACCACCAGAUGGCAUGGAGUUUAAGAAGUGGGAAUACUGAGGACAAUUUGACUAAUUAGAAGAGUUUUACAUUCAAUUUAAGGCAUUUUACACUGAGUUAUCUUACACUGAGUACAAGUACUAUGUAUGUCGUUAGUGCCCAUGGUUUACAUUAAAUAUAUUUUAAUACAGUUUUGUUGUUUGGUUUGUUGGCUAGUGAAAAUGGUAGUAGAUUUACAAAUGAACUCAAUAUUUAAUGUUUUUAAAGUCUUAUGGGGGAUACACCUACCCAUUGUCAUAGCCAUUUUAUUUUUUAAUUAAACUAUAAAAUAAACAAUAAGCUGAUACUUAAUAUAAUAAACAAUAGCAGGAUACUUAAUUUCUCCCAAUGUUUUUUGGUCCAUCAAGAGUUAUUAUUUCAACUGCUGACGCUGUUGUAGGGCUUAAGGAAUGAGUACCGAUGCCUUACAAUGCUAUUUCAUUUCAUCCACUUAUUGAAUAUUUGUUUUUCAAUUAUUUCUUUAUAUGUUGUGUGAAACCUCUAAUAUUAAAAAAAUUUCGACCAUAUUCUGAAUGAAUUACCGUUUGUGGGUUUGUUUCUUAUCAAAUAAACUGUAUAAAAAUCAUAAAUUAUGUCAA